UCGAAGUCUGUUAAGCAGCCACUCCUCGACUCGUACGUUGUAGAGUGUCAGCAGACAUAUCCGGUUUCAGUCGCGCGUAAGAAACGAAAUGAAAAUUGCUUCCAUGAUUUCUGGUUGCACUCAUUACACUCAGCUUCUCUCCAUUAAGGACAAUGUGAUGAGGGAAGAGAAACCCAUUGCUAAAAGAGUGAAAGAAGUGAAGUUUCUCAAGAGCUUUGCUCCUCCUCUUGUGGCUGCUUUUCUAGUCUUAUCUCCAAUUUCCAACACUCCAGUUUCAAGUGCUCAAACUGUAGAUAUUCAGAGAGGAGUCACAUUGUUUCGACAAGCUUGUAUUGGAUGUCACGAUGCAGGUGGAAACAUAAUACAACCGGCGUCAACUCUAUUUACAAAGGAUUUACAGAGAAAUGGAGUUGAUACAGAAGAAGCCAUCUAUCGGGUCACAUACUACGGCAAAGGAAGAAUGCCAGGCUUUGGUAAAGAGUGCAUGCCACGGGGUCAGUGCACCUUUGGAGCACGUUUGGAAGAUGAAGAGAUCAAGAUAUUGGCGGAGUUUGUCAAGUUACAGGCUGAUCAAGGGUGGCCAAGUAUAGAGACUGAAGAAAAGUGAUUUAAUACAUGAUUGGUUCAAUUUAUUUUAAAAGAAUAAUUGCUUAUUUCUUUCAACUUUUUGAGGGAACCUUUGAUAAAUAAGUGAUUAUUUAUUUAGAAUUAAACUGAACCAAACAUGCUAUUAACUUUUGUUGCAUCUUUUCAUGAUAAAUAGGUGGGAAGGUGGUGUACCAGACCACUAAGAAGAGGGCAAGCGGACCCAAAUGCCCUGUCACUUGAAAGAGGAUCCAAGGGGUAUGUAUAU